AAUGUUAAAUCCAAUUUUUGUAAUAUGCAGGUAAAGAUGCUGAAGAUAUUAAAGAAAGCGUCCAAGUAGAGAGCAAACCUAAGCUGGAUAUCCGCCUCAGUGACCUGAAACUUGUUCUGGGACCAGAACUGAGGAUAGUUUAUCCUCUAAUUCUCAAUUUUGCUGUCAGUGGAGAACUUGAGUUAAAUGGUGUUGCUCAUCCCAAGUGGAUAAAGCCUAAAGGCAUAUUAAUGUUUGAGAAUGGAGAUGUCAAUCUUGUUGCAACACAGGUGAGACUGAAGCGAGAUCAUCUAAACAUAGCCAAAUUUGAGCCUGAUAAUGGACUUGAUCCAACGCUAGACUUGGCUUUGGUUGGAUCAGAGUGGCAAUUCAGGAUACAAAGUCGUGCUAGCAAAUGGCAGGAUAAUUUAGUGGUCACAUCAACACGUUCUGUGGAGCAAGAUGUCUUGUCACCUACUGAGGCUGCUAGAGUUUUCGAGAGUCAAUUAGCUGAAUCCAUUUUAGAAGGUGAUGGCCAGCUUGCUUUUAAGAAGCUUGCCACUGCAACACUUGAAACAUUGAUGCCAAGAAUAGAGGGGAAAGGAGAGUUUGGACAGGCCAGAUGGAGGCUAGUUUAUGCACCACAGAUCCCCAACUUGCUUUCUGUUGAUCCCAGUGUUGAUCCUCUGAAGUCUCUGGCCAGCAAUAUUUCAUUUGGUACAGAGGUUGAAGUUCAACUAGGGAAGCGCCUCCAGGCCUCUGUAGUAAGGCAGAUGAAGGACUCUGAGAUGGCAAUGCAAUGGACUUUGAUAUAUCAGCUCACAAGCCGGCUCCGGGUGCUUUUACAGUCUACUCCAUCCAAACGUCUUCUAUUCGAAUAUUCAACAACAUCACAAGACUAAGCUUAGGUUUUCAACAUUGUACAUAUUUGGAUCUUGUUAUAGGAGCCUAGGAAUCUAGAACAAAUACCUUCACUCACCUUAUCACCCACCAGCAAACUACUAGUUAAAGCAGAUUUCAUUGCAGCAUCUGAAUGAUGUAAGUUGUAAAUUCCAUUAUUCUUUGCUCAAAAAAAGGAACAAAUGAGCAUGUUUAUAGGUUGUAAAUUUUACUUUGGUUCAAAUAUAUGCAAGAUGACUGUUGUCAUUUUGUUCA